ACAACCGGGAGUGAAGAACGCCCACUUCGAAAAGUGACAGUGAAGACUGGAAUCACCGACGGGUUUCGUUUUGAAUUCCGAUUUUAAAGCUGAACCUGCCAUAGUGGAAGUGUUUUUGGUGAACUUUUUUAAAGCGGAUAGAAUCACUUGAAACGGAAGUGAGCGUGCAACAGUUGACAUGAGUGAGUGAUUCGAAUAGUUGUUUAUUUUGGAAAGCGGUGAAAUUUAUGGAAAUGAAAAGGAAAUAAUACUUUUUUCUCGUGAUUGUGCAUGAUAAAUGGAUUCGUUCCCCAACUGGACCUAUAGUGAGCAGUGAUUAGUGCCGCAGAUUCCAAGUGAUGCAACCGGCAAAACACAGUGGCGGAAUAUAAAUGUUAGCUGUGUCGAAGUGCAUAAAUUUCACUUAGCUUCAGUAACGUUCCUCACUUAUCAUUUAUUUCUUCAGUAAUUUUAUCAGUUCGUGCAUAACAAAUUAUCUGUCUGUCUGUCGCUCUCUAGAAGAAGAUCUCUUGUAGUAACAGGUAUAAACCAUCGUACGAUUCGAAUCAUUUAAUUUAAUAGUGAACUCCGUUUACUGGCACACACGACCUCCGUUCGGUCAUUCCGGGUGAAUCAUAAGUGUAGAGAGCUCACGGUUUCAACUGUGCUAGGAUAAGUAAUUCAUAUAGUUUAUUACGCACUACCACCACUCGACGACAACAAACUGCUCACAGUCCGAUCCGGAAAAUAUCGGACUCCGGAAGAAAAUGUUCCGUUUCCAGCAGCCCCAUCGAAACGGGCACCGGAAAAGAUGAACGAUAUCGGUGUCAGCAAUGCCACCAACUUCAGCAAGUACAUCGUAUCAACCUUGGUUUCAACAUCCGCCAACACUGCAACCGCCAUCGUCAAUGGUUCAGACACGAAGGAUGGUUCCCCCUGGCUCGUUUACCUCGAUGGCCGACAGCCGGAGCUGAUGGAACCAUGGGCCUACGUGGCUGCUGCAGUGACACUGUUUUUUAUUGGAUUUUUUGGAUUCUUUCUGAACCUGUUCGUGAUCGCACUUAUGUGCAAGGAUGUUCAGCUCUGGACGCCAAUGAACAUCAUCCUGUUCAAUGUGGUUUGUUCGGAUUUUUCCGUUUCCAUCAUCGGCAACCCGUUCACCCUGGCGUCGGCCAUUUCACACCACUGGAUAUUCGGUAGCAGGACAUGCGUUGCUUAUGGAUUUUUCAUGUCACUACUGGGGAUAACAUCCAUCACGACACUGACGGUGCUAUCGUACGAACGCUACUGCCUGAUCAGCUUGCCAUUCUCGACGCGGAACCUAUCCCGCCGGGGGGCCGUGUUUGCCGUGUUCUUCAUAUGGAGCUACUCGUUUGCCUUAACCUCGCCGCCCCUGUUCGGUUGGGGUGCGUACGUCAACGAGGCAGCGAACAUCAGCUGCUCCGUGAACUGGGAAUCACAGACAACGAACGCCACUACUUACAUCAUAUUCCUAUUCGUGUUCGGUUUAGUCGUACCAUUGAUCGUUAUUAUCUAUAGCUACACCAACAUUGUUAUCGUUAUGCGGCGGAACUCUGCCCGCGUCGGCCGCAUCAACCGUGCCGAGAAGCGUGUCACCUGGAUGGUGGCAGUGAUGGUGAUCGCCUUCAUGACGGCCUGGACACCGUACGCUGUGUUCGCGCUUAUCGAACAGUUUGGCCCCGCAGAGGUCAUCAGUCCGGCACUGGGUGUGCUGCCUGCACUGAUCGCCAAGUCCAGCAUCUGCUACAAUCCGAUUAUCUACGUCGGUAUGAACACCCAGUACAGAGCGGCCUUCAGUCGGGUGCGGAAGAACGAUCCCCUGAACAAUAAUACCACACUGAACCAGCCAACGAAAACGAUGACUAGAACGAGCAACGAUCUGGUCGAGUGUAGUUUUGACUUUUGUCGUAAGAAAACUCGACUGAAAGUGAAUCUCCCUGGUGCCAACAUUAUCAACAACAAUAACAACCACCACCAUUCGCAGUCAAACAAAGCGAGCUGCAUUCAGAGCGCGAUGAACGCGGUCGAUGCGUCACGAUCAGUGGACAGCGCCCAUCCGUUGAUGCAGUCGAACUAUGAACUAUCUGUGAUCAGAAGUAGCAGGUCGAUUUUAAUUCAAUCAAACUCGUUCCGGACCCAUCUGGUGUAGCAUAGUAGGAGGGACUUUGGAUGAGCCAAUCGUAUCCUGGUUGGGUAUGCAGGGAUGAUAAGCACAAUUAAAACUAAGAACCAACCAGCAAUGUUGAGGUUAGACCACACGCAGUAAACUGCUAGACGAAAAUAGUUCGUAGCAUGUACAAUCCGAUAGAACUGUAUACAUCGAAGAUUAUAUUUUUCUUUGAAACUUCUUUGCACAGACGAAACAGACAUAUCAAGCAACCCAAAAAUAGUUAAAAUAUGCACUAGCGCCAUCCAUACAAAAUAGCAUACUUUGCCAUUCAAGGCAUGCUUGCUUGGAUUGAUGAGAGUAAACAUUAAUUUACUAAUGGCAAUGAUAGAUGAAAUAUCUAAAUGUGUAGAUGGACGAACAGCAAUGUUUUAAAAACAAUCACUACUGUGUUGACUCGCGUUGUCAAGGCUCGCAUGCGGAGAUUCGUUUUUCUUUUGACACGAGGCGGCUAUUCCGAGCAGAGCCGUCAAUACAGAAUAUUUAAGAGGUCAAUCAAACAAGGAAAAGUUAUAAAUAUAUGUGCUGAAUUUCCUUUUUAUCAUUCGAUACUUGAUGGUCGACGAGUAGUGUACGGACGUACGUACUUAAACGAUUCUCAUAAACAAACGGCCAAUAAUUGCCGCUGUACUGUACGGAACAAACAGAUUCUUGCGUGAUUUGGGAAAUAAUCAUAACAAUUGUGUAGCAGAUUCCGUAGAGGAUACGAUUACCGUAAAUUUUGAUAGAAAUGAUUUUGUAAAAGCAUUAAUUAGCCGUGCUUUGAUUGGUGGUUUACUUGUUAGCACCGCCUUUUUGGCGAUGAACCACAUUUGAGAUAGGCAGCGUUGCCAAUGUUCCAGAUUUAUCUGGAAUCUUCCAGAUUUUUCCUAACUGAACAGACAUUUGUUCAAGCCAGACAUUUUUCUACGUUAAACCCCAGAAG